AUGUCCACAAUUCCUGAACUCUACAGCAAAAAGUGUCAUUGUGCUGGAUGUAGUCAGAACAAUCUCAGCUAUAGUUUUGUUGCCAGAAGAACUGCUCAACGUCAUAACAAAAGGGCAAGACUAAAUGCCAUAAGAUGUGAAAGGGACAUGUUUACCCAAAGAAAUAUGAUGGAGGUCAAUGAUGAACAUAAGCAACCCAGAGCCCUGGAAGAAUUGUACACUCAGAAAAACUCACCUGUUUUGGAAGGAGCUUCAAUGUCUGACACUGAAGACGUUUCUUUUACUAAUGAUGCAAUCAGCAAUGACAACAAUGGUGACAGUGGAAGCAACAGCAAUGAAAUCAGUGAAGAUGAAAGCGAAGACAAUGUUAUUGGGCUUGACAACAAUGAAUUGAAUAGUAAAGACCCUUUUGCCACCCCCGAUAUGCCCCAGAACCUAGUGCACAGGUUCAUUGCUACUUUUGUGGUGAUGUUUGCUCCCCGCUAUUUGGUUGACAAGGGCACUGUUGUGUGA